AUGAGUACUUCGGCUGUUGAAGUUAGUGAUGGAAAAGGAAAAGUAAUGUGGGAUAAGAGAUUGACAGAAAUAUUUUGUGAUAUUUGUAUUAAAGAGAUAUUGAAAGGUAAUAGGCCUGGUACUCAUUUCACAAGAGAUGGAUGGUUGAAAAUAAUGACAAACUUUGAGAAAGAAACGGGCAAGGGUUUUUCACAAAGACAAUUUAAAAAUAGGUGGGAUGCCCUAAAAAAAAAAAGGAAAGCUUGGAAAAAACUUAAAGGCGAAGAUACUGGUUUAGGGUGGAAUCCUAUAAAAAGAACCGUUGAUGCAUCGGAUGAAUGGUGGGAGAGUAGGCUCCAGGUUGUGCCUGAAGCUAAAAAAUUUAAAACAUCGGGCAUUGAUCCUGAAUUCGAAGGGAAGUUGGACCAAAUGUUCAUGGGGAUAGUUGCAACAGGUGAUAAAGCAUGUGCACCUUCUUCUGGUACACUCCCUACUGAUUUUUUGGAGGAUAAAAGAAAAAACCCUGAGAUGUCAAGUUCACAUUUUAAAACUGGAAGAAAGAAAUCCUCAAAGCAAAUUGGAGGGGCUGCAAGAUUGUCCAAUCAAAUAGAAAAAUUAUGCAAUGCAGCUGACAGUAUGAGUCAAGCCACAUCUAGUUUGACUCCUGUUAUGGAUCCAUUUGGUAUUCCACAAGCAGUCAAAAUGCUUGACAGCAUGUCGGAAGAAAUUCCAGAAGCUAGUCCGCUAUACUUUUUCGCACUUAGAUUAUUGCUCAAUAAGGACAAGCGAAUUAUGUUUUUAUCAAUUAAUCCCAAGAUUAGAGCUUUGUGGCUUAAGACGGAAAUGGAGGAUAGUUGA